CAUAAAUGUCCUGGUAUAUGAAGUAACUUCCUUUUCCGCUGUAGGUUCAGCACCAUGAAGGCUAAAGGAGAGUUACAAGAGUACAAGGUGAUAGGCCGCGGCCUUCCAUCUGAAAAGAACAGGACACCGUCCCUGUAUCAGAUGAGAAUCUUUGCCCCAGAUAAAGCUGUGGCAAAAAGUAGAUUCUGGUACUUUUUGAGUCAGUUGAGAAAGUUAAAGAAAGCCACUGGUGAAAUUGUCAGCUGUAGCAGGAUUAUGGAGAAGAAACCAUUAAAGAUCAAGAACUUCGGAAUCUGGCUACGCUACAACUCUCGUAGUGGCACACAUAACAUGUACAGAGAGUACCGUGAUUUGACCUGUGGCAAAGCUGUAACUCAAUGCUACCGUGAUAUGGGAGCACGUCACAGAGCCAGGGCCCACUCUAUUCACAUUAUUAAGGUUGAGGAAAUAGCUGCUAACAAAUGCAGAAGACCAAGUACAAAGCAGUUCCAUGAUCACAAGAUCAAGUUCCCCUUGACUAGCAGGGUUCACAGGAAACUGCAUGCACCUCGUUUUACUGCCAGCAGGCCACACACCACUUUUUAAUUCUGGUUAAUAAAAGGCACUGUAAUAUU